AUGAGACAAAGAGAGAUUAAACCUCCAACAUCAUCAGACUAUUAUUUUUUUGUUCAUCACUUUAUUGCUACUUUGAUUUUAGUAACAUGUAUUCUUAUAUCAGUGUUACCAAGAGAUGAACCUUCAAGAUUAAAUAACAACAAUAACAACAGCAACAACAAGUACCACAAAAUUUUACAGUUUCUGUUAGAUUUACUACCGGAUAGAAGAUGGCUAAUAUGGAGUGAAUGUUUAGGAUUGAUGGGUAUGAUGUUUGCAUACGUUGGAUUGAAUCUGUAUAGAGAGGAUAUAAUGUCUCCGAGCUUGGAUGAUUUUAGAUAUAUUACAGAUGGAAGCAGUAAUUUAGAGAUUUCGAUAAAUGAGCCAAGCAAUAAAUAUCUACAUGAACAGACAAUUGGUGUGGUGGAUUUGCCAAUAAUGGAUGUUUGUCAAAUUUUGUACGGUGCAAAUUGA